AUGUGGAUCUUGGAGUACCCGAAUAACGAUUUCCCUGACGAUAAGAGGAAAACUUCGCAUCUUCUCGUUGAAUCAACUCCCUAUGUAAUAGGACGAUCUGUACACGCUCAGUUUCACACCGAUAAAAAGAGAAUAUCGAAGAUCCAGUUUGUCAUCUCCUUUGACAAUCACUCCUUAAUCGUUGACAACCGAGGUAAGGGAAAGUUCAAUCUUAACGGCGAAUAUAUUCCCAACGGAAAAUGCUUCAAGUUUCAGCCCAAGAUCAAAGCUGUCAGAAAUCUACAGUUUUCUUUCCGGCCGGAGCCCUUUGAAUUCAUCAUCAGAUAUGAGCCAUUCGUAAUAAACGACGAUCAAUGCGUUCAGAAAUUGAAGGCACAGGGGUAUCCAGCCGAGUGCUCUGUCGAUUCUUUGAAGAUAUCGCACUAUUUGGUAUCAUCAAGUAGCACAUUCAAGGAUCUAGCAGAGAUAUGCAAAAGUAGAGACGAUCCGCUCAUAUUUAUUACACAACGAUUUAUAGAUGCUCUGAUAUUGCACGCAAAGGAUAUUUGGGCUGAUUUUGUCACGUGGUGGCCACGUGAAAAAGUACUGGACAUAUAUUGUUUUGAAGACGAUGUGACAGAAACGUUUGCUGGAGUUUCAAAUUUACACUUCAUUCGUAUUGAACGUGGAAAAGUUGCAGACUUGCCGAAGAAUGCACUUUUAUGGUGUAAAUCAGUUAUGAUUGGUGGAAAAACAUUUCAGGGGCUGGCUGUUAAUGAAAACAGCAUAGUUUUGGACAGUAUUAAAUGGAAUGCUGGACAGUUUGAUGAUGCCGAUACUGUGAAACAACCAGCAAGGACCAUCUCAGUAGACACGAAAAAAAGCAAGAGAAGGAAAUUGGAUACUCAUUUAACCUUUUCAAAUCUUCCUACCAUGGCCAACUUUGGGGGAGAUGAUGACUUCGAGGUGAUAAAAACUCAAGAGUCACAACAUAUUGAGACGGAGGCUCCCAAGACAUUUAUAGAGGAUAGCCAGUCAGAAGAGGAUAAAAACAAAGAUGAAGAGAACAACAAUGCAGAAAAAGACUUGCAACCGAAGAAAACAGAAUAUCUAGAAGUGGACAUGGACCAAUUUGCCAGCUCGAAAGAUGUAAGUGGGCUAGAUUUGACAGAUAACAACAAGAAAACGAUAAAUGACAAUAGUCAAGAUGACAGCGACAGUCUAUUGAGGGUGUUUCAGAAAGCGAAAGCAACCAAGGUGGAGCAGGCAAAGAAAGAUAAUGAGCUUCUGGAUUCAUUGGAUAAAACAGACCCGUUAUUGGCGAAAGUGAGAAAGAUCAAGCUGACCGAAUUUAAAGGACCAACUGGUCCUAAAAGGUACAACAGUGCGAUACAUGGACUGUUUGGCAACUCUAGAUGGAGUAACAGAAUAGACUACUCGAAGUUCCGGAAGAUAAGCUUUACUGAGAGCAAUCCAAUUACCGAUAGCACGGUCAAAGGUAUAAGAAUGAAGAAAGCCAGCUAUAAUUCGGAUGGACUUGUUAAUGGUGGGCAAGUCACAAACAGAGGGCAGGACGAGAUGAUGGAUUUCAACUCUGGAAUAAAGGAGCUAGAUAAAGAAUUCCAAUCUCAGACUCGAAAAAGAUCAUCAGUGAUAAAUCGUUGGAGUAAGAGGAGAGCCACGAAAGCCAGGCCAAGCAAUUUGUUUGUAGUAGAUGAUGAAUCAGAUGAAGAUGUGGUGGAUGAUAGGGAAGAACCUGCAUUCUUUAGCCGGACGUCCACCCAGAGGAAAAAUGCUGACUUUCGAGGUCGAAUUGAUGACAGGCAGCACAAUUUGGACCUAACUAUGGAUGAAGACUUCGAGGAUGAAAAUAAUAAUGCCGGCAAGGCUAAUGAAGAAGAGGAUGAUGAGGAUGACAUUCCAACAUUCAGAAGAAGGUCAGAGAAAUGA